AUGGGGAUAUAUUACAAAUUUGCUUUUUUAAUGUACUUUUACUUUAAUAAUGUAAAGGCUAUAAAUAAUCCUCAAGAGGAGUUUAUGGAUAGAUUUAACAUAAAAAAGAAUCAUGUAAAUAUAAGAUGGGAAAAUAGUGGUAAAUAUGGAGAAGGAGAUCUUAAAUAUAAUAUAGAAGAUAAAUAUGAUGUAUAUUCUAGAUUUAGUACAUCAGAAACAUUAGAUACAUGCCCUAAUCAUGAAAAGCCAGGAAUAUAUAGAGGUAGCUGCCCUAAUUAUGGAAAAACCUUUUUAAUGGAUUUCAAAGCAGGUACAUAUAAUGAAGAUUUUUUAAAUGAAAUUAGUUUUGGUAUUUUGGAUAAAAAAAUGUCGCGAAAGAUGGAAAUUCCACCUUCCAAGAGUGGACUAGCAAUGUAUCAAGGUUUUUUUAGGACUUGCCCUUAUGACGAAAAUCAUAGUUCAAUUUUAAAAAAAGAAAAUGAAUAUAGCAUGUGUUUCAAAACUUUUUAUAAUAAGUAUUUAUCUACAAGAAUUAAAAAAAGGAAUUUUAGAAAUCAAUAUUUAUAUUAUAGUUCUCAUGGCCUAGGAGGUCGAUUAGGUUCUAAUGUAGAAUAUCCUUAUCGCAACUAUGAUCCAGCCGAAAAUUAUGUAACUAAAAAAAUGAGAAAUCCACAUUUAAUAAAGAAUUUGGCUGAUUGUUCUAUUUAUUCUCAUUGUAUAGGCCCAUGCCUUGACAAAGAUUUUAAAAAUAGAUGCUUUCGUAGUUUGCCUGUUAUUUUUAAUCAUCAAACCAGAGAAUGUGUUAUAUUAGGAACCCACGAACAACACAGAACCAAUAAUUGCCUAUCUAUAAAUUCACAGAGACAUGAGAGAUGUUUUUUACCAAUAAAACAUGAAAAAGGAAAAGAAUGGACUUAUGCAUCAUCUUUUUUACGCCCAGAUUAUCAGAUAAAAUGCCCCCCUAGAUUUCCACUAAAUAAUACAGAAUUUGGUUAUUUUAACUACAGAACUGGUGAAUGUGAAAGUGCUAGAAAACGUUACGCCAAUUAUAGAAUUUCCUUUAAGGAAUGUAUCGAACGAUUAUUUCAUUCUUCUCCAGAAUAUGAUGAUACGAGAAGAGAAAGAUAUUUAUGGGGAGUUUGGAUUUUAGAUUCCAAUAUUGAGAAAUUAACUUCAAUGGAUGAUUUUGGAACAUGCUCCAUUUUAAAUAAAACUCCAACAUGUGUCUUAAAAAAAGAAAAUUAUUUUUCUUUCACUUUCUUAACAGCAAAUUCUUUUGACCCUAAUCAAAAUAUAACAUAUCCAGAAAUAGAAAAACAAGUGAUAACACAUGGCAAAGAUACAAGUGAAACUAGAGAAAUAGUUACAAAAAAUAGCGAAAGCGAUAUAAUAAUAGAUGAAAAUAACACAAAAGAAAAAAAAAAAGCUAGAAAUUAUAAUAAACCAAUAAAUCAGUUGGUUAUACUCCCAUCUUCUGAAAAUUUACAAGAAAAUAAGGAAUCUACUCAUAAAAUACAUAUGCAAGGCAAUCAUAUGUUGCAUCCUCAAGAAAUUAAUACAAUACAGUCUCAAAAUAAUUACCUUGUGCAUUCUCAAGGUAAUCGUAAAAUUUCACCUCAAAGAUACCGUGCAUCUCAAUCUCAAAAUAAUUAUAUGAAUAACUCUAAAAAUGAUGAAAUACCAACUCCAAAAAAUGAAAAUAAUAAUUUAAAAUCAAGGAAAAACCCUCAAGAAGAAUUUAUGGAAAAAUUUGAUAUACCGAGUAAUCACAUUUAUAUAGAAUGGAAAAAACAGGGAAUAUAUGGAGAGAAUAAUUUUAAAUAUGAUAUAAUAUCUAAUAAAACUGCUGGAACUAAUAAAUCAUUAUUAAUUGAUAAAAGUGAAGAUAUAUGUCCAAAUCAUACUAUUCCAGGAAGAGCGCAAGGGAGUUGCCCCAAUUAUGGUAAAACUAUUUUGGUCGGAGCACUUGAGAAUACAUCUCAUAUAAAUUUUAACUUAGACUUUUUAAAUGAAAUACAUACAGGAUUUCUCAACAAAAAAGUUAACAGUGAUGUGGAACUUCCUUUUGAAAAAAGCGGGAUAGCUAUGCAUCAUGGUGUUGAUAACUCUUGUCCAGAAAGUAAUAAAGAUGAAGAAUUGCUUAAAAAAAAAGAUAAUUACAAUUAUGAUAUGUGUAAAUCUCACAUAUUUUCUAAACGUAUAAUUAUGAAAGAAUAUGAUAAAGGAUCCAGAAAAUUUAAAUAUUAUGGUCUCUAUGGUUUAGGUGGAAGAUUAGGGUCUCAUAUUAAAAGAGAUGAAGAAAAACAUAAAGCAGACCAAAAUUAUUUAACUUUACCAAUGGAAAAUCCAUCAUUAAUAAGAAAUUUGUUUGACUGUUCCAUAUACUCAUAUUGUGUAGGACCUUGUCUAGAAAAUUCAUAUAAAAAUAAAUGCUUUCGUAAUUUACCUGCAUUCUAUAAUCAUUCCACAAAGGAAUGUGUUAUACUAGGUACACAUGAACAAGAAAGAAUUCAAGAAUGCAGAAAAUUAAACAAGGACAAAAAUGUUCCUAAUUGUCAAACAAUUAGAAAAACAAAACAUUCAAAAGAUUGGACAUAUGUCACAUCGUUUAUUAGACCUGAUUAUGAAAAAAAAUGUCCUCCAAGAUUCCCUCUAAAAUCAUUAGUUUUUGGAAUUUAUGACGAAAAAACAGGGAAGUGUGAAAGCUUGAUGAAAGAAAAAUAUAUCAUUAAAAUUGAAAAUUUUAAUCCGUGUUUAGAAUAUUUGUUUUUAGCUUCAUCAGAUAGCUUAUACCCUGGUGUCAAAUAUAACUUUUGGGGUAUCUGGGUUCCAAAUCAUCCCAUUAAUAAAGAAAACAUUAGCACAGCGAAAGGAAAAUGUUAUCACAUGAAUGUAAAACCAACAUGUGUUAUACAUAAAGACAAUCACUUUUCUUUUACAUCACUUACAACAAACGACAUUAAUUUUGAGCAAGAUUUUAGCGUGCCAAAAGUGGAAGAAUUAAUAACCAUAGAGACAAAAAAUGAUUCAAUAGAACAAAAGAAAUCAGAUAAGGAAAAUGAAAUUAUACAGUCAUUAAAUCAUGAAAAAAUAAAAACUGGAAUUCCAGUUGACUACGCUAAAUUAUCUGAAUACGCAAAAUCUGGAAGUGACAAUAAAAAAAAUGGACCUAUGAGAAAAGAAGAUGAUGAAGUAAGAAAAGCUGAAGAAGCAAGAAGAACUGAGGAAGCAAGAAGAACUGAGGAAGCAAGAAGAACUGAGGAAGCAAGAAGAACUGAGGAAGCAAGAAAAGCUGAAGAGGCAAAAAAAGCUGAAGCAGCAAAAAAAGCUGAAGCAGCAAAAAAAGCUGAAGCAGCAAAAAAAGCUGAAGCGGCAAGAAAAGCUGAAUCAGCAAGAAAAGCUGAAGCGGCAAGAAAAGCUGAAGCGGCAAAAAAAGCUGAAGCGGCAAGAAAAGCUGAAGCGGCAAGAAAAGCUGAAGCAGCAAGAAAAGCUGAAGCGGCAAGAAAAGCUGAAGCGGCAAGAAAAGCUGAAGCGGCAAGAAAAGCUGAAGCGGCAAGAAAAGCUGAAGCGGCAAGAAAAGCUGAAGAAGCAAGAAAAGCUGAAGAAGCAAGAAAAGCUGAAGAAGCAAGAAAAGCUGAAGAAGCAAGAAGAGCUGAAGAAGCAAGAAGAGCUGAAGAAGCAAAAAAAGCUGAAGAAGAAAGAAAAGCUGAAGCAGCAAGAAAAGCUGAAGAAGAAAGAAAAGCUGAAGAAGAAAGAAAAGCUGAAGAAGAAAGAAAAGCUGAAGAAGAAAGAAAAGCUGAAGAAGAAAGAAAAGAGGAAGAUAAAAAAAAAAUCGAAACUAAAGGAGAAGAUAAUAGCGGGGAUAGAGUUGUACCAGAAAAUAAUAAUGAUUUUGAAAAAUCUAAGUUAGAAGAUAGUGCUAAAAAUAUUAAACAAUAUUCUGGUUUUAAGCCAAUUUCAGAUAAUAAUGUGCAAGACUUAGAUUCUUCACUAAAAGAAGUUACUGAUUCACUUAAUUAUAAAUUAGUUGAACCAACAAAUUUGGAUAGGAAUAAUUUUAAUAUAAAUACUACAACUAAUGAGGAUUCAUAUUCUGAAAGUAAUUCAUAUUUACAUCCUGCAUAUCCGGAAGAAGAGGAAAAAGAAAAGGCAAUAAGAGGAGAUUUUGAUAAUGAAAGUUCUGGUAAGGAAGUAUUAAAUAAUCAUAAUAAAUCUAAUGAUGUUAAGGAUUAUAAGUCUAGAGAUAUCAAUAAAACAAGGGAGGAAAUAAUAAGUUUAUCAAAAAAAAACAUGUGUAAAAACGACAUUUCAUCAAAAUAUUGUGAGUUCGUGAAGGAAAGUAUAUCUUCAGGUUCUUGUUCUAAUGAAGAAAUAAAAUAUUUAUGCUGCUCAGUUUCAGAUUAUUGUUUAAGAUUCUUUGAUCAUAAUUCAAAUCAAUAUUACGAUUGCACUAAAACAGAAUUUUCUGAUCCAUCGUACAAAUGUUUCAAAAAAAAUGAAUUUUCAAAAAUGGCUUAUUUUGCUGGAGCAGGAAUAGCUCUGAUACUCCUAUUUGCCAUUGGUUCAAAAAUCAUUACGGACAAAUCAUUUGAAGAGGCUGAAUUUGAUGGAUUUGAAGGAGAUUAUGAUAAAAUUUAUACAUUAGCAAUGAUAUCUAAUGAUCAAAUGAUGCAAACAGAUCCUUCAGAUUAUGCUGAAUACAGUUCUGAUAAAUAA